GACUGUUCCGCCUAUUGUCGAGAAUCUGGAAAAGCAACGACAAAUAAAAGUUGCAAAAACCAGAGAAUCUCGAGAAGCGCAGGGAAGACAAAGAAAAUUCAAACGAGAAUCAGCAACAGAUCGUUAUUACGGUCCGCAGUCGCAAAGGCCGGAUCACCCAUCCGAUAUAUUCGAGCAACUGCGACUAAGUCAUACAGAAAAGUUGUUCGAAAAUGGAAAAGAUUGGCAAACAAUUGAAUUCGAGACCAGAAAUCAAUAUAAGUCCGAAUUAUGGUUAUCAUUGAGACGUUGAAUGUUGACAGCAUCCAAUUUUGGAACUGUAUGUCGCAUGAGACCGACAACAUCUUGCGCAUCGACUGUAAAAAAACAUUUUAUAUCCUCCGUCUAUUGAUACCGCAGCCAUGAAAUAUGGUCGCGAUAAUGAAAAUGUAGCGAGGAAAGAAUUGGCCAUGAAAUUAAAUAAAGCAAUAAAACUUUGCGGAUUGUUCAUUGAUAAUGAAAAUCCAUUCUUGGGUGUUUCCCCUGACGGACUUAUUGAAGAAAAUGGUCUUGUGGAAAUUAAAUGUCCUCUGUCGGCUGAGCAUUUGACAGCAGAAGAAGCCAUAAAGACAUUGCCUUUUUUAAAAGGUAUCUUUGAUAAAAAAGAUCCACAUAAAAUGAAUCGGAAUCACCGAUAUUUUUAUCAAGUUCAAGGCCAAUUGAACAUAACAGAGCGAGAAUAUUGCAUUUUUGCUGUUUGGACGCCAAAAAGCAUAAAAAUAUUGCACAUUAGUACAGACAAUGAGUUCUGGAAAAAUGAAAUGCUGCCUUUUCUAACACGUUUCUACUACGAAUGCAUGCUUCCAGAAAUCGUGGAUAGUCGGCAUAAUAAACAUAUGCCAAUCAGAGAUCCGUUAUAUAUAACAGAAGCUAAAGAAAAAGCAGCUAAAGAAAUAAUUAGCCGAAAAAAUAUUCGACAAAAUAUAAUAGAAAAUGAAGAUUUUCUGGAGAAAAGAAAGCGAUUUAAAUCUAAUGUUUUGCCUAUAGAAGCAACAAAUACUGCUAUUGCUGCUGCUAUGGAUAUAGAGCAAGAUGAUGAUUGUAUCAUAGUUAGUUACUCAAAUAACAAACAUGAUAUUACGAAAGACGAUAUGGAGAGACAUGAGAAAAUUUUAAAUUUGAUUGCUUCUCUGUCUAUCGUGAAGGAUAAUAUCUUGCCUAUAGAUAGCAAAAUAAGCGACGAAUCAUUAGAUCGAUUUUUACGCGUUGUAAGAGAAACUUCCGACUUUAAAACGCAAAGUGUCCAAUAUCUGGAGUUCCCUCAUAUGAUUGCAGCCAGUGAUAGUAACAAAAGCUUACAAAUCAUUGGAGGGAAUUGUAGUGAUCACUGGCGAUGUAUUUUCUUUAAUGGCACCAAACUUUACGUAGAUGAUAGCCUACCCGGCUGUACAUACGAAAAGUUGGUAGCUAAGGAGAAAAACUAUAUACAUCUACGUUAUCCUACAAUAAAGCAAGGUAACAUUAUUUUUGAAAAAGUUCAAACACAACCUGAUGGCAUAAGUUGUGGGAUUUAUGCUGCAGCUUUUGCCACAACUAUAGCUUUAGGAGGCAAUCUUUGUGAACAAAAAUACUCCAAGAAUGUAAAAUGCAUGAGAGAACACUUCUUUAAAAUCAUAGAAGGUAAUAAACUGCUGCAUUUUCCAAUGUGUUUAGGCCCUCCCCCUCUCAAAAAAUAAUGUAGAAGCUAGUUU